AUGAGACCGUUUUAUUUGAACGGGUCUGUGAACACGUAUCUUAGACCUAUUGAAGGACUGACGAUAAUGGUUAACCUGGACAAGAUGAAAGUAACGGAGUUUAAGGAUAGGUUCAGGAGUUCCUUGCCUAAGGCUAAUGGAACGGAGUUUCGUAUCUCGAAGCUAAAACCGCCGUUUGGUCCGCCGCUUCAAAACUCCAUCAUUUGUCAGCCUGAUGGGCCUGGGUUCAAUAUCGAUGGACACAAUGUCAGAUGGGCAAAUUGGGAGUUUCACAUGUCAUUUGACGUCCGAGCUGAUCUCGUCAUCUCUCUGGCGUCCAUUUUUGACAUGGACAUGAAUAAGUAUCGGCAAGUCCUAUAUAAAGGCCAUUUGUCAGAGAUAUUCGUACCCUACAUGGACCCAAUCAGUGAUGAUUGGUACUAUAUCACUUAUCUUGACUGUGGUGAUUUUGGUUGUGGCCAAUCCGCCGUGUCUCUUGAGCCGUAUACCGAUUGUCCCGUGAAUGCUGCUUUCAUGGACGGUGUUUUUGCAAGCCAAGAUGGAACUCCUACAAAAGUAUCCAAUGUCAUGUGCAUUUUUGAAAAAUAUACGGGAAACAUUAUGUGGCGACAUACCGAAGUUGAGAUUCCCGGGUUCAAGAUCACAGAGGUGAGACCGGACGUAAGUCUUGUAGUCCGGAUGGUCAUUACGGUUGGCAACUACGACUACAUAGUAGACUACGAGUUCAAACCUAGCGGUUCCAUCAAAGUAGGGGUAACGUAUUUAGAAAACUUUCCAUUUUAA